CGGAACUUGUGUGUGGCACUGCUGGGCACCAAUCAUCAGGGCACUGAUGAUCAGUGACCCUGAUGAUCGGUACCAUUCCCUGCUCUGACAACUGCCGGGCACUGAUGAUCAGUGCCCUGAUGAUCAGUGCCCAGCAGUGCCUCCCAUUAAUGCCACCCAUCAGUGUCCAGCAGUACCACCCACCAGUGCUGCCCAGUAGUUGAGCUAAUCAGUGCCCAUCAGUGCCACCCAUCAGUGCUGCCAGUCAGUGCCAUCAGUCAGUGCCACCAAUCAGUGCUGUCAGUCAGUUCUGCAAGUCAGUGCCACCCAUCAGUGCCAAUAAGUG